CAAAGAGAUGAAUUCUUCCGUUUUCUUACCUCCCAAUUUUUACAUUAAAACAUUGUUUCAUUCGUGUCAAGAAAUAACCGAGUGUCACUGUCUUGUCAACAAUGAAAAUUCACUGACAAUGAAAGCGUUCAUCUGGGUUUAACCGAUUGCGCAUUUUGGAGUGGAUUACCAGGCAUUCGAUUUCGAAUGGCUAAAAAAAGUGUAAAUGCGUGGAUUUCGCAUCGUCUGCAUAAGGCAGAGGAGCAACAUACCGGAUGGUUCCAAGUUUAGACACAAAGAAAGCCCAAGUUUAAAAGGAGUUGCCCGAGCUUUCUGUGAAUCACUCGUAGAAACACUCCGAGCACGUGUGAAGAUCACCUCAAUGAGACAAAAGUGAAGUUAUAAAUACAGAUCGCACCUCGUGGAUUGUUUCGCUGGACUCCUUUUGUGCCCCUCGACUCUGGGAUUGAGCGAUUCCAAUGCAGGCGACUGGUGGGGAUAGAUUGGCUGCAUUUCGUCUCGGCACAUCGAGGCCUGCAGUAGUUGAAAGACGCGCCGGCCUGCCAACGGUGCGCCAUCACCGUAAUUACGGAUUAACGUCAACAAGGGGUAAAGGGAAGACUAUGUGCCUCGCGGAACAGUUAAAAGCUUUCAAAAUUGAUAAUGAUAACGAGCAGAUUGUGUUCCAAGAGCCCGAGCUAUUCGCACAGGGCUUUCCGAUAUUCGAGGAGAUCAGGAGGCAGGGCAAACUCUGCGAUGUCACGCUCAAGAUUGAGGAUCAGACCUUCAGCGCUCACAGAAUUGUUCUCGCUGCCACUAUUCCGUACUUUCACGCUAUGUUCUUGAAUAAUAUGAUUGAGAGCAAGCAGAAGGAUAUUACGAUACAGGGGUUCGAUGCAAUUGCACUGGAAGCCCUAAUAAAUUUCGCCUACAGUGGAAAAGUCACCUUGAACAAAGACAACGUACAAAGUAUCAUGAUGGGUGCUUCUUUUCUCCAAUUAACCAAAGUCCGUGACGCAUGUGCUGACGUAUUAAAAACCCAUUUACAACCACACAAUGCCCUGGGGAUUUGCAGCUUUGCGGACAGACUUAGCUGUCCAGGUCUCGUGGAAGAAGCCACGAAAUACAUUCAUCAGUACUUUCAUCAUGUCUCACUGUCUGAGGAAUUUUUGUCGCUACCCUUUGGCGAGUUGAAGGAGCUCAUUUGCAAGGAUGAAUUGUAUGUAGUGUCUGAGGCACAGGUGUUCGAGGCCGUUCUUAGGUGGGUUAAACACAAGGAGGAGAGGAUUGAGCACCUGCCGAAAUUGCUGAUUCUCGUGAGAUUACCACUGCUCAGUCCUGAGUACCUGGUGGAUCAUGUGGCUAAAGAAGAGUUGAUUAAACGCUCUCACGAGUGCAGAGACCUCCUGGACGACGCCAAAGACUGUCACCUCAUGCCCGAGCGCAAGCACCUCCUGGAAUCCUUCAGAUUUCGACCCCGCCUCUGCAACGACCUCGUGGGCGACAUUUUCGCAGUGGGUGGUCUCACUAAAUACGGAAACUCCCUGAGUACAGUGGAGGUGUACGACCCCUACAAAUGCACCUGGAGGCGAUCAGAAGCCAUGACGAUGGACAGAAGUCGAGUGGGAGUGGCCGUUCACCAGAACAAGCUCUACGCCUUCGGUGGGUACAACGGUGUCGAGAGGCUGUCCACAGUGGAGGUUUAUCAUCCAGCCUUGAGGAGCUGGAAGAUCAUCGCCCCCAUGCACUACAAGAGGAGUGCAGUGGGAACGACUGCCCUCAACGAUUAUUUGUACGUCUGUGGGGGGUACGACGGAGUCAUAUCCCUGAACAUCGUCGAGAGAUACUGUCCAGCCUCGGACAAAUGGCAAAUUCUUCGGCCCAUGAAUAAGCAUCGCUCUGCAGGCGGAGUCAUUGCAUUCGAGGGCUAUAUUUAUGCACUAGGGGGUCACGACGGCCUCUCCAUCUUCGAUUCGGUGGAGCGUUAUGACCCGCAGACUGGCGUUUGGACGACAGUGAAGCCGAUGUUGACGAGGAGGUGUCGUCUGGGGGUGGCCACUCUCUAUGGAAAGCUCUAUGUCUGUGGGGGCUACGAUGGCUCGACAUUUCUGCAGACAGUGGAGGUCUACGAUCCCCAGAAGGACACCUGGGAGUUUGUCGCACCCAUGAACAUGAUGAGGAGUCGAGCAGCUCUUGUUGCCAACAUGGGAAAACUGUGGGCCAUCGGGGGGUAUGAUGGUGUCUCCAAUCUAUCUGCUGUCGAGGUUUACGACCCCAGGUGCAAUACCUGGUCCUUUGCUGCUCCAAUGUGCGCCCAUGAGGGGGGAGUGGGCGUGGGAGUCAUUCCAAAUCCCUAUUGUUAGUUUUUUUGGGAGGGGAGGCAGGAGCUUCCGCGAGUGAAGGGGAUUAUGAUUGUCGGAGACUUUUUUAACUCGAUUUUUGGUUCAUACCUUGAUAGAUCAAACCCAGAGUUAACUCUGGGUCAAUCCUGGGUUCAUGGAAAAUACCCAGCGAAGAAAGAGAGAAACUCUGGGAAAUUUUCAUGAACCCAGAGUUAACUCUGGGAUUGAUUCAUCAGGGUAUUUUUUACUUUUACGGUAAUGCAUGGUCCUGCCUUUGGGGGAGGCUUUUAUGAAUGAGAUGAGCAAUGAUUUUUUUUAUUUAGGGUAUUUUGUUGGAGGAAUUGUAGAAAAUUUUCGGAGAUAAGGAUGUGAUCUCAUUUUGUACUGUUUUAAUUUAUACUUUAUAUUUUAUUGUAAUGUGAUAUGAGGGCGACAAAUGGGGAGUUUUGAUUGAUUGGAGAAUGGAAAAUGAAUGUGGAUAAAUUGAUAUUGAAUAAAUAAAUAGGAGCA